AUGGGCCACAUAGAAGAAGUGUGUAAGAGCAAUUUAGGCAAUCUUGCAGAGGAACCAAUUUCUGAAGAUAUUGAUGGACAACAAAGUGUAAGACUCGAUGAAUUUGAAGCAUUUACAGAUGAUUAUUCAACUUAUGCUGAAUUUGAUGCUGAGUACAGUGUACCGAAUGGUGAAGACAAUCAAGUAGAAAUGGAAAUUCUAGAGGGCAUGGUAAGUGAUGAUAGUGGAGAUGCUUUCUAUAGUGAGAAUGAAGAUGGUUUUGAUUAUAGUGCAGAUGAUUCUGAUGAUAGUGACUACAUUGUACAUGAGUCUAACAUGCAAUUUGAUGUGGAUGUAGACAUGAGUGAAUUCCAAAGUCAUGUGGAUGUAGAUGAACAUGGAAUUUUAAAGAAGCAAACUGAAAGUAUAGGUAAUGACAUAGUUGAUGAAGAGUUGGAAGUUAUUCAAAGCGAUGAUUAUUAG